AUGGGACAGCCGUUUGUUAACACUGUAACAGAUCUUGAUGCGCAUCUCCGCAAAUAUCAUGCUGCAUCUGCUACGCUACGGCGACAGAUACUUGAAUGCUUCAGUCAAUUCGAGACUGUCGCUCCGAGCGCAAUUGAGCUCCCAGAAGAGCCCGCGCAGCCAAUAGAAGAGCUGGGAAACCCGCUUGAUGGUGCGCAGUGCGAGACGUGCAGGUGGAUCACUAUCAACAAAGAUGAGAUGCGUAGGCACUGCACUAAAAAACACCAGCAAGCGUGGGUAGGGAAGAAAAGCUUGCUGUACAAGACUGUGAAAGAAAUUGAGCAAGAGCUGCAAACACUCAAAGAGGCUGCGAGGACUGAUGAGACGGGUUGGUUCAAGCGUACAGGCUGGCUGGAGUUCUUCAAGGACCGGAAUCUCGCCCAUCUGGCGCAUCAAGCCCGCGCACCCGAUCAUGGCGAACACAAGAUCAAGCUGGCUGCUGAGCUGACUGAGCCGCUGGUUGAGAGAAGCGUAAGGGGUCUGGCUACGCUUCCGCAAGAGAUACGGCGCUGGCUGCGAAGUGCAAAACAGAGCGAGGUCGACCCCCGGCCGCUGGCGCGACUGCAGAACCCGGAGAGUCAGACCGUAUAUGCAAGCUACAUGGUCCGGUUCGUGUGCUUCUUUCUACGUGUGCUGGGCGACGAAGAGCAUCGAAUUUCCCGCGUAAGGCAGCGACGAGUCGAUUCUGACAGUGAGGAGGUGGCGGGAAGCAAAGAGGGCAGCAAGGAGGACAGCAAAGAUGGUGAGAACAGCGAAGCUGAGAGCGACGCUCCACGGCCGGUAGAUAGGAUGAAAGACGCGCGUGAGCUGUUCACGUUCACCCGGAACAGAAGGGAUGUGCUAUCAGGCCGUGGGAUGCGCUUGACGGCAAUGACAGGAGAGCUCAGAUGGAGGCGCUUCUUGCGUCUAUCAGCUCGUUCAUCUUCACGACGUAUCACCCGGUAG